AUGGACGCCGGAGAGGACUUCUGGAAGGCGGAGGAGACAGACAGCGAGUUCAACCCGGAGGUUGCUGAACGCCCGAUCCCACAGCACGACAGCUUUGACAGCAGCUGCCAGGCAGAGAUUCAUCCUGGAAGCUUUUUCGAGGCGUUUGGUGACUCGCUGGAGAAGAUUUCAUACAAUGCGGUCAUGGGCGGCUUGUCGAAACUCGGCGAUGAGGUCGUCGAAGUCAUCGAAGACCUUGAGCCCAUCAAGCUCGAGUGGAACGUCUUCCAGCAAGAGGCCGACGUUUCACCAUGCUGCGAACGGCCAAGGCCCAGCACGCCUCCGCUUUUGCGGACGGCAAGCAUUGUUGCUGUUCCACGGGGCGAGGCUCCGGCUUGGACCCAGCCGCAACCAGAGCCAGCGCCUCCCGACCUUGAGCAGCUUGUGGACAUGAUUGUGGAGGCUGCGCGGCCCCGCCUGGAUCUGGAGAAUCCUACUUGGUGCAGGGUGCUGGGCAUAAAGCUGGAGGGCUUGACCAUGCAGACGCUGCAGAAGAAGAGGCGGCAUUUGGCACUACGACUCCAUCCUGACAAGGUUCCUGCAGAGGCCACAAACCAAGACCUUGUCCAGAAGGCGUUCCUUCUUGUGGAGCAGUCGUUCCAGCACGGCAGGCAUUUUCUUGCGUCGCAUCGAGUAGAUUAUUCUUCAUGA